UUCGAGUCCCUUCGUGGUCGUUUAAUUUCUUAAAUCUUACUUAUUGAAACAGGUUCCCAAUGUGAUUACAUAGGUAACGUGUCGUGUUUCUUGUAGCCCAGGAAAGGAAGUAUCUCUGAUAUAUAACGCAUACUUCGUUUUAGAUUGACUAGUAUACGAUGUCUGCUCCUGUACGCUAUUUUCUUAUAAUUAAGUAGCCUAGUAUUGAAAGCCUUCGUGUGUUUUAGUAGCAACAUGACUUGGUUGAGAAAUGUCACCACGGGUUGUGUACUCGUUCAACCCAUGAAUGUGCGUUAUUCCGUAACAACUGGAGCAGUGAUUGAUGCACGUUGAACUGUAAUGUGGCCAUUCCUGGCGUCAUACCAAAUUCCUAUUCUGGUAAGAGUUCGUACAUGUUGCGCUCGUGGCCGCCGUGGGUCAUGGAAAAAGCGCGAUCAGAGUCUGCGCAACUCAGCAUUCUUCUCGUCGUCUGUGCGAAGUUUAUGAAGCUACACUGCAAGAGGAGGAAAAAAAAAAACAUUCGUCAAUAUUGGCUGGCAGUGCCAGGGGUGGCGCCCUCACAGGUAUAGGUGGCUAUCUCUUGUGCGUGUAAACAGGCCUAGGGGUGCAACAUGAAUUUCAAAUUCACCUAUAGCGAAAUAGAGGAACUUGGGGGCAACUUGCCCAUGAAGAAAAGGAAGUCGCGCUUCACCUUCGAUGAAGUCCAUCUGCUGCUGACUGAGGUCAAAAGAAACAGGCACAUCCUCGUAAGCAAGUUCAACCAAGGCGCUUCGUCAGACCUGAGGAAGCGAACAUGGGCGGACAUCGCGAUUUGCAUCAACAAAAUCAGCGAGUGCCAACGGGAGGUCAUGGAGAUCGUCAAGAAGUGGGCGGACCUAAAGUGUGACGCCAAGCGCAGGAUGGUGGCCAUGCGAGGGCCUAAUGGUGUCCGUAUCUCCCAGAACCUGUCGCCGGUGGAGAAAAUGGUGCACAAAAUACUAGCCAUGUCCCCUCCGAACAAGGCCACCAUGGGCAGUAUGAAUCAUGAACCUGAGGAGAAUGACUUUGGUGAUAUGUCAGAGAUGUCGACUCGCUCCUCUGGCACCUCUAAUGGUAUGGCUGGCCUUCAUCAUAUGGGUAUGCCUGGCACCAGCCCCCACGCCAUAGGCUCGUCUAUGUCACCUUUCUCAACUCGAGAUAAAGAUAUUGGCAUGUUUUCUCGGAUGCCAUUUGGCCGGGAUCCUUCUCAGUCGUCUCAUGAUUUUUCAUUCAUGACACCAGUCGAUGAAGACAACAGUCGGGGAUUUGAGGACCUAGAAGAGGAGCCGCGGCACAUGGGCUCCUUCCGCCCUCCUGCUGAGCCUCAUCGCACCUACUCCAGAUUCGUCGCCGCUUCCACCGCUGUGUCUUCCUCCAUGGCUACUUCCUCAUCCUCCCUCCCAGCUCCCUCCUCUUCCUUUCUCCCUGCUCCUCCCUCCUCUUCUACCUCUCCAGGGUCAUUCUUGGGACAGGGGGCAAUCCGGAAGCAGCUAGCCCACAGUGCCUCCCUCAGUCUCAAGGAGCAGCAGGCCACUACUGCCCUGCUAGGGGCCGUGUCGGGGUCUCUGGGGGCCCUGGCCCAGUCCGUGCAACAGCUGGUGGAGUCGCAGCAGGAGUUUGUACGUGACUCCCUGGAGAUGCAGCGAGAGACUGUGAGCGUCCUGCGAGACUUCUCCACCAAUGCCCUGGCUCUCCUGCGGGACAAGGUCAACGGCCACCCGCCUUCUUAACUCCCAGUUCACCUACAGAACCCAACACAACAUACACACGGACCCUACCUGUGAAGUGCUUGCCUGUGGACUGAGAUCAUGUCAUUAAUACUGUUUGCCGAUUCACAUUGAGAAUGAGUAUGCUGCCACUAGUAUAGAGUACUGAAUAGCAGGAAGCCAAAAUAAAAUUAUGAAUAUCUUUAUAUACUGGCGAUGAGCUUUCUAACUAGUGACUGUUUUGUGAAACUUUUGAUGAUAAAGAGAUCCACGUGUCAUGGUUCCAGAACUAUGGUAAAUCACUUUUUUUUUACUGAAUGGAACAAGAGUGGACAUUGCAAGGAUGUCUGUCAAAGAAAAACUUGUGCAAUACUCUAAAAAUGAUUUUUGAGGGUAAGCGAACUGUUUAUCUGAGCCUGUUUUGUUUUACAUGGUCUCAUUUGUAGGUUUCCUCUAACAAGUAUGCAAAGACUGGUCAUCCAAACACUUCAAGCAUAACCAGCCACAUUUCUAGAUUAAUUUGGGUCAAAUCGAUUAGAUUACACACACAAAAAAGAGCGGCACAUACAUGUGGAAAGUAUGAAUGAGUUUUCGUCUGCCAACCUCUCAUUACUAUCCAAAGGUUAGGUGGUUUGGUUUUUAAACUGGCAAUAAAUCCCACUACAACUACGAGACGACUAAAUAGAAACUGGCUAUAUUUGUAGCAUUUGCACUUCAAUUUAAUGUAUUUUCAUUUUGUAUUGAGUUUAAAUUAUAUUGAGUGUUCAAAACUUUCCAAAAAAGUUGAGAAUGUUUUAGAUAUAUUUUGUCAAUGCUGAAGAAAUGUUUUUAUGAAAAGUAACCUUUUCACUGAACUUCAAUUAACUUUUGUUUUUCCAGACUGAAUGAUUAAAACAUUCUCUAGACUACUGUACUGUAACAUGUAAUAUGUGACUCCUUCAACCAAAUCUUAAGAAUAAAACAACCUGUUUUGAACUUA